UGAUUGUUGUUGUAAACAAAAUGUUUUGAGUGGCGAGUUACGAGUUCAAAUUUCUAGGACGAUGUUACAAAAUUAAAAUUAGACCUAAUUAUUACAUAAAAAUGCAAGCGAUUUUAGGUUUAAGGAGCGUGCUCCGAUCCACCAGCGUUCGGAACAUUUGCACCGGCUUAACCCGCCUAUCCACCGCGACCUACGAAGGCGACGGCAAAACCUCCGUCACGAUCCUCAACAAGGAAGCGGACGUCGGUCUGCUAAUAAAUUCCUACAGCCAGGUCGGAUUCCGCCUGAGCAACGACAUGGUCGUCCUAGGCCCGAUGGCGCUCUUCCCCCGCACCGUCCUCUCCUGGAACGUGGAAUCCCACGAGGACAUCAACGAGCAAAGUCUCAGCCUCUUCGCCGCCCUCGAGCCCAAGGUGGACAUCCUGAUCGUGGGAAUCGGCGACCACCCGAUGACCCCCGCGUUCGGCAAGAAAGUCAUUUCGUUUAUGGCCAAGCACAAAAUCAACGUCGAAGUGCUGAACACGGAGCAGGCCUGUGCGACGUUCAACUUCCUGAACGCGGAGGGGCGGGUGGUGGCCGCGGCCCUCAUUCCGCCGGUGACGAUGCGCAUCAACGAGGACGAUAUGAUGCGAAGGCAGAUCAGCAAGAGCAAGACGUUCGAGGUUGAGGAUUAUUAGAGUUGUGAGAUAAUGUUCAAUAGGUAAAAUAAUGAAUGCUUUAAACUGCGUGAGUAACGAUUUAGAACUGA